CAACCAGAGUAAAAUUAAUGACUUAACCUUCCAUCCUGCUGGGCCACCAGAGUCACCAAUCACUGCUAAUCCUGCAGGAUCAAAUGACAUCUUCCAGUGUGAUGCACAGAGUCCUGCGCAGACAUCGGAACAGUGUUCUGUUCCAGUAGGACCUGGUGACAUUUCCCAGUCAAGAGCAGAGGGUCCUGUGCAGCCUCUCCUUAAGGUUUUCCCCAAGACGCAACAUGGCAACCGCAAGAGGGCAUUCAACGAGUCAUGGUACAGAGAAUACACGUGGUUGGAGUACUCCAUCAGUAGAGACUCUGUAUUUUGUUAUGCCUGCCGCCAUUUCUCCCUUCCAAAUGCCCUGUCUUCUGUAUUCAGAACAGAAAGUGGUUUCUCCAACUGGAAGAAAGCUUUGUGUAAAGAAGGUGGCUUUAAAGACCACUCUAAAUCAGACCACCACCAAAAUGCUAUGUUUGCAUGGAAACAGCAUGAAAUGACCACUCAAACAAAAUCAUGCAUGACAGAGUCUUUUAACACAGAGAGAGAAAAGAAAAUUAAGGAGAAUCAGACAUAUAUUAAAACUAUUGCAGAAGUCCUGCUUUUAACUGCCACACAGAACAUUUCCCAGAGGGUCACAGAGAAUCUGAGGACUCGGGUAACCGAGGUAACUUUUUGGCUAUUUUAGAAGAAAUAGCUAAGCAUGAUUCGUUUCUAGAGAAGCGCAUGAAAGCUCAUGCUAAUGCCAAAUAUACCAGCAAAACCAUUCAAAAUGAAAUGUUGGAAUGCCUGGCAGGAAUGGUUCAAGAGGAAAUAGUGAGGGAAGUUAAACAGAGUGAGGUGUUCAGUAUAAUAGCUGAUGAAGCCAAAGACCUUCAGAAAAAAGAGCAAGUGUCACUGGUCAUCAGAUAUUAUUACAGAGGGGUCAUACAUGAGAGCUUUAUUGACUUCAUGAAAGCUGACAGCCUAGAUGCAGCAGGGCUCACUGACUUGAUCAUAAAAUGCCUUGAAAAACAUGGACUAGAAUACCGCAACAACCUGGUUGGCCAGGGCUACGAUGGUGCUACUGUCAUGAGUGGCAAGCACUCAGGUGUGUGUAGCCAAAUAUGCAUUUUAUGUGCAUUGUAAUGCUCAUUGUUUGAACCUUGUGAUUGUUGAUAGUGUGAAAUCUGUUUCUGAGGCUGACUGUUUUUUCUCACUUCUUCAGAAACUACAUAGUUUUUUGUCUGGAUCAUAUGUGCACACAAAAUGGCAUAGCAUUCAGAGAGAAAUGUAUGACGGUCCGCCUCGUGAACUUCCAAAGCUAAGUGACACUAGGUGGGCUUGCAGGUACGCCGCCUGUCACAACCUGCUUGACAGACUCCCAGCAGUGUGCCGUUUACUGCAAGAAAUUGGGCUGGAAAGUCAAGGUGAUCGGGCAGUAGAUGCUCGUGGCUUACUGGCCCAAAUUGAUCUUAACUUUAUUGGACUCUUGGUUAUGUUCAAAAAAGUCCUGGGUCAGUCCAAGUUUUUGUCAGACAUGCUACAGUCGCCCUCACUGGACCUCUCAGCAGCAGUCAGUCUUGUGGAUUCCUUACUGGCCACGUUGCAGAAAUACUGGAGUGAGGCCUUUUUUGAGGUUGUAUGGAGGGAGGUGGAGGAAAUGGCUGUAAAGUGUGAUCAAAGUUGGGAAAAGACUGAGAAGAGGCAGCCUAAGACAAAUAGGCGGCUACAUGAUUACAUACUUACCACAUCAACUGGUGAGCGUAGAGUUGAUAAAAAUGACAGGGAAAACUUUACAAGACACAUUUUCUAUCCAGUUUUGGAUUCAAUGACAGGUGAACUUCAACGACGUUUCUCUAAGCGCAGCUGCACAAUUAUGAAGGGAAUCCAAGCACUUCAUCCUCAAAGCAUCACCUUUUUGCAAGAAGAUGCUCUUUUUUCCUUUGCCAAGUUUUUUGAUUCAAAUGUUGAUUACCUGGCCAGUGAGCUUCAACAGAUAAAGAGACUGUUGGAUUGUAAAGAAAAAAGUGGGAUGCAGAGGUUUACUACACUUCUAGAAUUUGUAGUAUUCCUAGAACCAUUCAAGGAGCUGUUUCUUGAAUUAUUUAGGCUUGCAAAAAUAGCCAUUGUAAUUCCGGUGAGCAGUGCUUCAUGUGAGCGCAGCUUUUCGGCACUAAGUUUGAUUAAAAAUCAUUUGCGAACAACAAUGACAGAUGAGCGCUUGAGUCAUCUUGGGGUGUUGAGUAUUGAGUCCAGACGAGCAAAAGCAUUAGACAUGAAUGAAUUUGUGAGACUGUUUAGUUCUCAUCACAAAAACCGAAGAAUAAUGCUCUUUUAGAAGAGUAGGAUGUACAGUAGACAACCACAUGAAACUGCAUGUUUGUUACAGAGAUGUUUUAAACUAAAUGAGUUAAGGGCGUAAUGAGAUCAGGACUCAUCUGCUUUAUGCCAAGGAGGUUUGGUAAUGACCAUAAUAAGUCACUGUUCAGAAGUCAUUGGUGAUUGACAAUAAUUCUUUCAACUUUUUAUUUUGGGCAAUAAAGUAAAACAUGCUCAGAUUUUUCAAACUGAUUCCAUGUCAUUGUUGCAUGUCUGUUUAAUGUGUCAUGGAGACCAGUAUGUUCAGUUUUUAAAUAGAUUACAGUCAUUUCUUGGUGUCCUGUUCACUUUCCUCCUUUGACCUACCAAGAUAUUCUUCUGGUGUUUUUUUCCACACACAAACAUAUUUUAAUCUUAUAUUUGUGCCUUAGCAAAAUAAAUUGAAUGCUAAAAUUUCUCAAAUGCUGUGUGUGGUUGUAUUUUGUCUAUGUACAGUAAAAAUUGAUGUACAAUUGCAUUAAUGUUUUUCAACAUGGUGUGGGUGGUAAACUGUAUCUACCAUACAAAACUGGGAAUAGUAUGCAGGUAUGUUGGACUGUACGUGGCCCCCCUAUAAAUAUUGUGGCCCCUUGAUGGCCCCACCCUCAGAAAAAUCCUAGAUCCGCCACUGGAGGAGAGGGUCUUAACUUGAGGCCCUCUCUUCAUUGGUCAGUCUGCAUGAGACUGACUCUCAACUGACGUUCAAAGUCAUAGGCAGCAAAGUGUCUCUGUGCAGCGCAAAAGCCCGG